AUGUCACCACCAUCGUGCUCUGCUUAUAUUGGAGGGUUUACACAGGAAACUACUGAAGAUAUGGUAUCUACUGAGUUUUCUCAUUUUGCAGAUAUUGUAAACUGUGAAAAAAAAACUGGUUUAAAUGGGUGUUAUUUUAAAAUAACAUUUAUUGAUAUUUCUACUGCAAGGAAAGCUGUUAAUCAAUAUGUUUGGCAAGUUGGAUAUAUUUUUGGUUAUACAAUAUUUGGUUCUAUGUAUGAAUCACAAUUUACACAUCCUUUAAUCGAAUACCCACAAACUUUAAUGAAAACAAGUUAUUUUCCACAUCCUUCAUCCUUAAUAUCAUUGGAAGAUAGACAAUUAUUAUCAAAUGUUUUAACACCAAAAAUAUAUAGUAAUUUUGAAGAAAAAUUUAAAGAUCCAAUAGGGAUUAAAUUUGGAUGGAUCAAAUAUUAUAAAUUAAGCCCAUUACGAAGAAAACAACAAAAGCUUUACCAAGAUUUACCUACUUUUAAUCCAACAAAUAAUAUCGAAGAAAAUAAUUCUUUAUUAUCAUGGUUAGGAGAUGCAUCAUUAAAUACAGAAAUUAUGAAUUAUGUUUAUAAAUUUUCUUUAAGUUAUUACUUAACUUCUGAUGAUCUUGAUUCUAUAUGUUCUUGUUUAAAGUCAAACAUUACACUUGCAUUUCUUGCCAGAUUUCUUGGAUUAAGUACUCAGGCUGGACUUAUAGGAUAUAUUGAUAAACGUGACAGUGAUCUUAUUGAGGCUUAUAUAGGUGCUUUGACUCUUAAGGCAGGAUCAAACAGUAAAUUGGCUUCUAAUAUAAUAAUUGAAUUUGUACAUAGAACUUUAGGCGGAUUAUUUAGAAAGUUAAUACAAAACAGAAAUUUUUUUUCUCAUCCACAUUUAUCUAUUGAUAGAAAAAUCGAAUAUCAUAUUACUCUAAUUAAUUACUUUUAUAGUGUGGAUGAUUCAUUUGUAUGGUAUUCGGGUCAAUUUUAA